GCUAUUUAAGCUAAGGAACAGUUUUGGCAGAAGAAAUGCCUAUAAAUGGAAGGGGAUAAAUUUGAGGUGGAAAUUCAAAGAGAAUUUCUUCUCAUUAGAACUGUUGAGUUCCAGAGCAGUCUUCCAGGAUGAUUCAAGGGUGGUAACGAUCUGAUACAUAAGGUUGCCAGAUGGAUGCCAGAGACAAGCAGCUGUUACGCUCCCUGCGCCUGGAGCUCUGCACAGAGGUGCUGGUGGAUGGACUUGUUAUUCAGUAUCUCUACCAGGAAGGGAUUCUCACAGACAGUCAUGUUCAAGAAAUAAAAGCCCAAACCACUAGUCAGAGGAAAACCAUGAUGCUCCUUGAUAUUCUCCCCACCAGAGGACCCAAAGCUUUUGAUGUGUUCUUGGAUUCCUUACAGGAGUUCCCAUGGGUUAAGGACAAGCUAAUACGGAAGCGUAAGGAAAUGACAAUACAAGAUCCUUCAGACCUCACUGAAGUUGCACCAUGCAUUUUGAAGAUGUCACCAACAGAUCAGCAGUUGAACAAGCUGGCGAGGAGGCUGGGACCUGAGUGGGAGCAUGUAGCUCUGUGCUUGGGUUUGUCCCAUACUGACAUCUAUCGAUGUAAAGUCAAUCACCCUCACAACCUGCAGUCCCAGAUCGUAGCUGCAUUUGUCCUGUGGAGACAGCGCUUGGGGAAAAAAGCAACAAUCCAGAGUCUGCACUGCAGUCUGAUGGCAGAGGAAGUGGAUCCUUCGGUGAUCCAGUACAUGCUUGAGUGAAUUCAGAGCGUCCAUGGGUUUUGUUCAAUUAAGCAAAGAGGAUGGAAAUGUAUGUUGAAGAUUGGAUGCUUCAAGCUGUAAAAAAAAUGGGGUUGGGAACUGUGAUUUUAUUAAGCUUAAACAUUCCAGUUUUCUGUGGCAUCUUGUGACUUGUAAUUCUUUUCAUGCCAGAUUAAUUUUUAGCAGGCAUUAAAAAAUGGAUCACUCUU